CAACGGGACGAAAAGAAAUCAAGUGUGGCAGAGAGAAGAGAGAAGAAGAUGGGAGGAAGAAUGCACACAAAAUCGGACUCGGAGGUAACGAGCAACAGCAUGGAGCAAUCGUCGCCGGCGCGUUCCCCACCCCGGCGGCCGCUGUACUAUGUUCAGAGCCCUUCCAACCACGACGUUGAGAAAAUGUCCUACGGUUCAAGCCCCAUGGGUUCCCCACACCACCAUUUCCACUACUACCUCUCUUCUCCCAUUCACCACUCUCGAGAAUCCUCCACUUCUCGAUUCUCCGCCUCCCUCAAAAACCCUCGCAACUUUUCAUCCAACUGGAAGAAGCUCCACCCCCACCCCCAGCACGACGCCGAUCCCGACGACGACGCCGAUGACGGCGACGACCUCGACCGCUCCUCCCGCAACCUUCGUCUCUACUUCUGUUUCUUCCUCCUCUUUCUCAUGCUUUUCACACUCUUCGCCGUCAUCCUCUGGGGCGCCAGCAAGAGCUACAAGCCCAGACUCAUCGUCAAGAGCAUGGUGUUCGAGAACUUGAAUGUCCAGUCGGGGAACGACGGAAGUGGCGUACCAACUGAUAUGUUGUCGCUGAACUCAACGGUCAGAAUUGUGUACAGAAAUCCUGCGACUUUCUUCGGUGUUCACGUCACUUCGACGCCUCUUCAGCUUAGCUAUUACCAGCUCGCAAUAGGCUCUGGCCAGAUGCGUAAGUUCUACCAGUCUAGAAAGAGUGAGCGAAAGUUGAGAGUGGUGGUGUUUGGACACCAGAUUCCUCUGUAUGGUGGCGUGUCGGUUCUGGGAAACACUAAGGAGCAUUUGGAGAGUGUUGCAUUGCCGCUGAAUCUGACGUUUACUGUGAGAUCAAGGGCUUUCAUCUUGGGAAGGUUGGUGAAGUCUAAAUUCUAUCGACGAGUGAGAUGUUCUGUGACGUUGCAUGGCAACAAACUUGGAAAACCUCUCAAUUUAACCGAUUCAUGUGUCUACAAGUGAUGUUUUAAAGGUUCAUGGUCGUACAUUUUUGGCUCCUUAUUUUUAGGUUUUUGUUACCCAUGUUGUAGAAGAGCCAACUUGUCCCUUUCUCUCCGUAAAUAUCUGAACGCCCCAUAUUAAUAUUAAUGUAAUGUCUUCAUUUUCCUCA